GUAAAAAUUUUUAGAAAAAAUUUAAUUGAAAAACUUCAACAAAGCAACAACAACAAACACACACAACAUGCGGAAUAUACACUUUCACAUCGUGACCAAAGUGCUGCUGCUCAGCUUUAUUUUCACCACCACACAGCUAUCGUCAACAGCGUCGCAAGCUGCCGAAGUGGAGGAAGACUGCCCGCCAAUCUCGAACGCUACAAACUUGCAACAAACACAACUAAUCCAGCGGUUAACGCAUGUAUGCCGUUAUGAUCGCCUAGAACGGCCAAUCGAAUAUGGCAUGAAUGGUGAACGUUUGCCCGUUACCGUUAAGGCGCGCAUCUACGUGUACUUUUUGCAAAAUCUAAAUUCCGACUUGUUGCAAUUCAAAAUGCACGCGUUGCUGCAGCUAAGCUUCAACGACAGUCGUCUGGCUUACAAAGAGUUGAAGCGACACGACAACAUCAUCGGACAGAAACAUUUGAGCGAACGCCUGUGGCUGCCGCACAUCUUCUUCGCCAACGAACGUGACUCCAGCAUUUUGGGUACGGAUGAGAAGGAUGUUUUGACCUCGAUAUCGCCGGAAGGACGGGUCGUCAUUUCGCAGCGCUUGCAGGCAACGCUCUAUUGUUACAUGAACUUUAAGAAGUUUCCGUUCGAUGAGCAAUUCUGUUCAACCGUGUUGGAGAGUUGGAUGUACAACAAGACGGAAAUGGUGCUCAAAUGGGAGCCUUACUCGCCGAUUUCGUUCGAUCCGGAAAUGCACCUAACCGAAUAUAAUAUGCAAGGCUUUUGGUAUAAUGAAACGAUUGUCAACUCGGAUGGUAUUAAUUUGCGACAUGGAUCUUUCGUUGGCAAUUAUAGUUCUCUCAGUUUUACGGUACAUCUUAGCCGUGAAACCGGUUUCUAUUUGCUGGACUAUUUCUUGCCCUCAAUGAUGAUCGUUGCAAUUUCGUGGGUUUCAUUUUGGUUGCAGGCCGAUCAAUCUCCUCCUCGUAUAAUGUUAGGUACCAGCACUAUGUUAUCAUUCAUAACGUUGUCCUCAUCCCAAACGAAAACCUUACCCAAAGUUAGUUACAUAAAAGUGUCUGAAAUUUGGUUUCUCGGCUGCACAUUCUUCAUCUUCGGCAGUUUGGUGGAAUUUGCCUUUGUCAAUACGAUUUGGCGACGCAAAGAGAAUGUUGAAUUGAAGAAAGUGAACAGUAAAUACAUAGUGAAGGCCUCACUAACACCGCGUCCAACCAGACGCGAUAUAAAUAAGAAUAAUCUGUCGCGCACGCGCUCCUGCUCCAGUCUCGAUAAUAUAACAUCCAGCACGGAAAGCGUAUUGAAGGGUAAUUCCAAUCCGGGUUACAACAAUUACCUAACUGUACAUAAUCUGCCGAUUAUCACCACUGAGUGCGCAGACACUGCGUCCGUGACGAGUGAGCGCAAUAGCAACGGUACGGAUCAUGUCAUUAAUAUCGAUAAAACUGGAACGUACGGCAUGAACGAUAAGGAGAAGGAGGCAAAUCCUGAUCAUACAACAUUUACAACAAUGACACCACAAGAGAUCGCCAUGUGGAUCGAUCGGCGUUCACGUUUCCUAUUUCCGGUUAUGUUUUUGGCCUUCAAUGCGCUCUACUGGACAUUUGUCUACUGCUUUUGACACAAUCCAAACGAGCAUGCAUACGCACACAUACAUGCAUAUUUUUAUAAGAACAUUGUAGUAUUAUUUAGCAAAUAACAUAUAUAAAUACCAAAUAAUAUUUUUAAG